AUGACUGUCUAUAAUCUUCCAGACGAUAUAACAUUUACUAAAACAAUUAUUGAACCUGGUCAAGGUCUUUAUGCACCUAAUGAAGGAUCAAAUUGUAAAGUAAUUAUUAAAUUUUCACCAACUGAUUAUGCACUUAAUGAAAAUCUAUAUAAUGAUCUUCUUCCUCUAAAUGAAGAAAUUAAUAUUAAUCUUGGAUUUUAUUCAACAAUAAUAAGUAAUUAUGUACACAAAUGUUUAAUAACAAUGAAACAAAAUGAAUUAUCUCAAUUAAAUUUUAAUUAUUCUUCUAAUUUAAAUGAAAAUCAAACAAUUACAAUUUUUAUUCAUUUAAUUUCAUUUGAACGUUGUCCAGAAAUUUAUUCAAUGUCAAUUGAUAAUCUUUAUAAUUUUGCUUUAAAACAUAAAGAAAAUGCAAAUAAAUUUUUUCAUGAAAAAAAUUAUUUUCAAGCUUUUAAACUUUAUCAUCGUUCAUUAUGUUAUAUAUUAAAUUUUAUUAAUGAACAACCAACAGAUGAACAUAAUCAAAUUUUAGAAAAUUUUAAUCAACUUAUUUUAUCAAUUUAUUCAAAUAUAUCGGCAUGUCAAUUAAUUUAUGGAAAUAAUUUAAAUGUUAUUGAAAAUUGUUCAUCAGCACUUGAAAUAAAUCCAAAAUAUGUUAAAGCAUUAUAUCGUCGUGGUUAUGCUUAUGCUAAUUUAAAUGAUUAUGAAUUAGCAUUAAAAGAUCUUCAAUUAGCAAAUAACAUUCAACCAAAUGAUGAAAAAAUAGAAAAUUUAUUAAAAACAACAAAACAACGUCUUGAAGAAUAUAAUAAAACAUUAGGAAAAUCAUUAAAAAAUUUUUUUUGA